CGAGGCCCCGCCCCACGAGGCCAGCCGGCGGGGCGGAGCGCGGAGCCCAAACCCACCCCGGCCGGCGCGGGCACCACCCAGGCCGGCGCGGGCGGUGCCGGACGGACUCGAAGCGCCCGGAGGCCGGGGACGCACCGUCGGCAGCAGCCAGGUCCCAGCAACUGGGGUCUUCCCUCAGCACUUGAGAGGCCAUGUCGAACCCCAGUGCCCCUCCUCCGUAUGAGGACCGCAACCCUCUGUACCCUGGCCCUCCACCCCAGGGGGGCUACGGGCAGCCAUCUGUCCUGCCUGGAGGGUACCCUGCCUACCCUGCCUACCCACAGCCUGGCUACGGUCACCCUGCUGGCUACCCACAGCCUAUGCCCCCCAUCCACCCGAUGCCCAUGCACUAUGGCCCAGGCCAGGGCUAUGAUGGAGAGGAGAGAGCAGUGAGUGACAGUUUUGGACCUGGAGAGUGGGACGACAGGAAAGUCCGACAUACCUUCAUCCGCAAGGUCUACACCAUCAUCUCCAUCCAGCUGCUCCUCACGGUUGCCAUCAUCGCCAUCUUUACCUUUGUGAGGCCAGUCAGCGAGUUCGUGAGGAGAAACCUGUUUGUCUACUACGCGUCCUACGCUGUCUUCCUGGCCACCUACCUGACUCUCGCCUGCUGCCAGGGACCCAGACGCCGUUUCCCAUGGAACAUCAUCCUGCUGACCGUCUUUACUCUUGCCAUGGGCUUCAUGACAGGCACCAUUUCCAGUGUGUAUGGAACCAAAGCCGUCAUCAUCGCGAUGAUCAUCACUGCUGUGGUGUCCAUUUCAGUCACCGUCUUCUGCUUCCAGACCAAGGUGGACUUCACCUCGUGCACAGGCCUCUUCUGUGUCCUGGGAAUUGUGCUGAUGGUGACUGGGAUUGUCACUGCCAUUGUGUUGUCCUUCAAAUAUAUUUACUGGCUGCACAUGGUCUAUGCUGCUCUGGGGGCCAUUUGCUUCACUUUGUUCCUGGCUUACGACACGCAGCUGGUCCUGGGGAACCGGAAGCACACAAUCAGCCCGGAGGACUACAUCACUGGCGCCCUUCAGAUCUACACGGACAUCAUCUACAUCUUCACCUUUGUGCUGCAGCUGGUGGGGGAUCGCAAUUAAGGAGCACCCCUCAUUCCGCCCCAUCUUGGGCUCUCUCUUCCCUAUUGGGCUGGGCCCUGUGACCCAGGUCUGGGCCUUAGGCCCCUUUCCUUCCCCUGAAGUAAUAUAUACCGAGUUUCCUUUCUGUCCUGGGAUGGGUGGCCUCUCUGGCUGUGGACAUGCAGGUACCUGGUGGGCUGGAGGAACUGGGGACAGACUAACUUGCCUUUGUAGAUCCGGCAGGGACUAGUGCCUUCUCCUUCCACCCCAGUACAUGGCACCAAAUUCUUCUGAACAGCUGGGGUUGGAGGAGGAGGGAUAAAAAGAACCUGGUCUGUAGCUAAAAGGGAAUAUGAGAAAAGCAAAGUAACUUCGAAGUGAUGAGGUAUGCCCUCUUACCUCUACCACAGGCUUCUGGGUUCAGUAGCUAGAGCUCUUUCCUCCCUGAACCCCCAGCAAAGCCAGGGAGCUUUGUCCCCAGCCUCCUGAGCUCAGGCUGUUAACCCUGUACUUCUCUGCCACCCCUUGGUGCCUUCCAGCUCAGGAAGGUAAGAGAGAUCUGUGCCCACAGCUCUCCCCUGCUAUAAUCCCUCUUCUUCUGUGACAGGUAUAUGCUGUUUAGCUGGGUUGGGGUUAGGGAGGAGGAGGAGAGCGAGCGGAGGCAAGCACAGGGGCCAGUAUGGAGCAGCAUCUGCCCUGGGCCUCCUCGUGGCUGUGCUGGUGGAGAGAGCAGGUCCAUCUGCAGCCAUUGGGUCACAUUCUCCUAAGCUGCCUGGGGCCUCCCUGGGUGCCUCAUGUCUCUGGCCACGCGGACCUCUUGUUCCCUGUGCUCAGGCUGCUCAGAACAGAAAGUGAAGGGCAAAGGUCAGGAGAUGAGGUUUGUUGCAUGGUAAGUGUGGCAGGAGGGAACCUAGGUGAAGAGAGACUGCAGGGGAACAGGGAAGGUGCCUCGGGGUCCUCCACUGGGUCAGAGGGAUAUGGAAGCCUCUGUGGCACCCAUGGAGACUUGUUCUCCCUUCAGCUAACUGGGGUGGGGUGACCCUGGGAGGAAGGAGAUGUCCCCUCUCAGUUUGUUCUUAACUCACGCUGGGGGAUUUUAGACUUGAGUUCCACCUCUCCAGCCAGCUACUACUUCUGAGAUACCAAGUGCCACCGGCUGGACUGGGGAAGGGGGCAGAUGUCACUCUAUCCCACAGGGGUGGAAACCAAAGCAGCUCAAGGGUAUAAUCCGGACUUCUCUGUUAAGUACUUGAUCCUAAAUAUAUCACAGAAAAGGAUGUAACUAGAAAUGUAAUAAAGUUUUAUGUUUAGAACUUAAAA